CUCGAGUCUACAUCACUGCGGCCAAUCGUCUUAUGAACAUGGUGAAUCAAGGUCAAAUUGUGGGUUUACGGAGAGUGAGAAAGACACAGAGCAAUCUGGAAAUUUCCGUACGUUAAACCUCAGCCCCAUUGUGUGCUACGGGCGCCUCGCCCGACAUCCAUUUCUUGAUUUUUUCCCCCUCUCGAUUCAUAUGAAGCUUUCCUAGUUUCGAAUGCAAUCCAGGAGAUAAAAUCACAAGCUUUCUGCGCUUCAAUUAAUCUUCGCCAAUUUUACCAAUAACCCAUGGCCGUGCUCAUAAACUCACCGCCUCCAUGGACAAACACGGCAUCGGGGUUAGCUAGUAGGUACCCAUGUCAUUUCAUGCCCGAAAGACCAAAAUUUUGGGAUUGCUUGCUGCGUAAAAAGAAUUUUUCCAGAGUAUUAGCCGUUGCCCGUACAGGUAACAAAGCGCAGAAAGACUUGGCCGUGAAAGACCAUGUCUUUGAUCUGCCUAACUGGACGGUGCCCAGUAAUGACCAGAGAAGAACAGAAAUUAAGCUGCGUGACGCAGUUAUAUAUUUAGAGAAUAUGGUAAAGAUGGGGCAUAAACCCAAUGUGGACCAAGCAACCCAACUGGUGUAUUCUCUUUGCCGCCAGAAUAGGCUUGGCAAAGCUAGCAUGGUUAUGCAAACCAUGGUUAGGUCUGGUUGUCUGCCAGAUGCAUCUUCUUACACUUUCUUGGUGGAUUUCUUGUGCAAGAAGGGAAAUGUGGGCAAUGCCUUGCAAUUGGUUGAAAAGAUGGAGGAAUAUGGAUAUCCUACCGGAACGUCGACCUAUAAUUCUCUUAUAAGAGGGCUUUGUAAGAGGGGGAGUUUGGAUUUGUGCCUCCAGUUCAUCGAUAAAUUCAUCCAGAAAGGACUGGUCCCGGAUGCGUAUACCCAUUCGAUCUUGCUUGAUGCGACUUGUCGUGAAAAAGGGGUAGACACGGCUAUGGUUCUCUUGAAAAAAAUAGCUCGAGAGGGUGGUACACUUAAUCUUGUUUGUUACCAUGUCCUGUUGACCGGGCUGUGUAAGGAAAGGAGAGUGGAUGAAGCUAUCCAGCUCUUUAGGAAAUUGCCUUCGAUAGGGUUUAAACCCAAUGCUUUGACAUACAAUAUCUUAUUGAAGAGCUUGUGCCUUGAAGAGGGGCGAUUGGGAGAGGCAAAUGAGCUUAUUGCUGACAUGGCUAGUAAAAAAUGCUCACCAACCACAGGGACCUACAAUCUUCUAAUCACUUCACAUGCUGAUUGUGGCCGAUUAGCCGACGCCCUUAGUAUCCUGGAUGAAAUGCACUCGGCUGGAAAUGUGAAGCCAGAUGCGGAGAGUUAUAAUCCGAUAAUUGCCCGCCUAUGUAGAGAAAAGAAGUUGGGAGAUGUUACCAAAUUUCUGGAGGAGAUGAUUCUCAAGCAAUGUGGUCCUAGUGAGGGGACAUAUAAUGCCAUUGCUGUUCUUUGUGAGGGUGAAGAGGAGGAAGACGUGCAAGAAGCUCUUAAACUUCUCGAGACCUUGCGGGUCAAACAGCUCCUCCCAUUUAACAAUUUUUACAGAGGCGUGAUUUCAAGUUUUUGUAAAAAGGGGAAUACGUAUGCUGCAUUUGUGCUCUUGUUUGGUUUGGCUAUGAUCGGGUUUAUGCCUGACCCAAUGAUCUACUCGGCCCUCAUCCGAGGGUUGUGUUUGGAGAGGAUGGUCAAUGCUGCGGUUGAGAUGAUUAGGAAUCUACAUGAAACUUAUGUCCCGAAUAUUGAGAUCUUCAAUGCUCUUGUGCAUGGGUUAUGCAAAGCUCAACGAACAGAUUUGUCGUUGGCUAUGUAUGAGGAGAUGGUUAUGAGAGGAUAUAAGCCGAACGAGACAACUUAUACCAUUAUAGUCGAGGGGCUCAUACAUGAAGAAGAGAAGGAGAUGGCAGCUUUGCUUUUGAAAGAGUUGCGUAGGGAAGAAGUCAUGAGCUCCAUUACUAUGCAACGGGUUGAGAUGCAGUAUGACCUUGAGGGCUUAUCUAGCUCUAAACUGUGAGUUAAAAACUUAGGACUGUUCUGUUAACUUAUUGAGUGUGAAAAGAUUGUCAUGCUUGCUACAUAUGAUGUGUCUUAUCCUCCUGCCCCAUUUUUGUCACAAAUUUGAUCAAUUUUCUCAGGAAUUGUAGCUAUCUUAUUUUAAAGUGUUGAUUUUCUAAGAAUCACUACUUCCUCCAUCAGGCCAUCAGAGUUUCCUAUUGUGACAAAGCUAAAC